CCCCCCCGUAUUGCGCUUUAUCACACGCCAGGGCAAACACUGAAAUUCUAACUGGAACCUUGCAAGGCGCGCAGUCGCCAGCACAAUUUCUCGGUACAAUGUUGUGGUUCUUUCAAUUCUUUCUUUCCUUAACGCUCCUUCUCCCUACUCUUCUAGCUCAGACGGUGAGCAGCAACGACUGCGCGUCUAGUGUCCAUGUUCUUCUUGCUCGUGGCGAGGGUACCGGUGAUGACUUGAACGUUCUGUCUACGGUUCAGGGCUUGGUUUUACAACAGAUACCCGGAUCUACAGUGCUUGGUCUUCCCUACGAUCACGGCAAUAGCGACAAGGAGGCGGCUGCUUAUAAUGGCAGUCUUCUCUUCCAGCAGUAUGUUCAACAGUAUGCGGCUAGCUGCCCGAACUCAAAGAUUGCAUUGUUGGGUUACUCGUUGGGAGCUGUCGCUUUAAUGGACGGAAUUUGCGGCACAGGUUCUAUUGGGAUAUACGAUUAUGUCGCACCUCUCGACCCUAAAUAUGCCGACUACGUGAUUGGUAUAUUCACCUAUGGUGAUGAGACAUAUGCCCCUUUCCAACCAUGGAAUGUAGGCAACUGUACAAUCGGUGCUGGAAUAUUCCCUCGUUUAAAUUCCGGGGCUUGUUAUCCUUUCCAGGCAUCAUUGCAAAGUUAUUGCGACUACGGUGAUAAUCAAUGUUGCAGCCCCCUACCCCUUGAUGACAACGCCGCCCAUCAUACGUACGUUGAGAAAUACAAUCAAGACGUGGUCAAUUUUAUUAUAUCUCGUCUUGGAUGAACUGUUCCAUUUGCUCAUAAUUUUGAGCGUUCAAAAAAGGUGUGAAAAGGCGUUUAAGCAUUAUCGAUCCUUUUUCCACUAGACUAAAUUGUUUACUUCGACUCUUGUCUAUCAUAUCAGUCAAGCUAUCGGUGUGGCUUAUAUGUGUAAUGUAUAUUAUACUAUGAAAAGGAAUGCUUGAAGAGGCA